GCGUGCCCUGUGUUGUGUCUGCUGACGUCAGCGCUGGAACUGCCUUGUCACGCGGGGUUAGUAAAAGUUGGGAACGGAGCUCCAGGGAGAGAGACAGAGAAACAGACAGGAGGGAGAGGGAAGCGUACAAUUACACGGGUGUUUCUGCAGCCUUACAGAGAGCGUUAAACAACGCGGGUUUAUUGUUAAGCUUUGCGUGGAAGACAGAAGAAAGGAGACAAGGAGAGGCAGAGGGGGCAGGCGGCUCUCUCUGAAAGUUCAAGCCAGAAUUUCGCUCGUUAACUGUCGGAGGAAGAGAGACAGACAGAGAGAGAGAGAGAAAGAAACAGAAGAACCUUGUGAGCGGUUCUUUUUUUGUUUGUUUGUUUCAUUUCGAUUUUGAAACGAGAGCGCGCGCGUUAAAGAAAGCUGAGUUAAAUGAACAAAAGUCUAAAGUUUUGGCGCCGUGGCAGUCGGUAAAUGUUGUGACAUUUUCGGACGGCGCAAAUUGCUCCCAGCGGUCGUCGACGGUCGAGUGGUGGAGGGGGUGAGAAACCCAGCUGUCAAACCCGAUGACUACUGCAAACUGCCCCGGGAAUGAGGAGCUGGACUUCAGACUGAUUUUCGGAGAGGACGGGCAGCAGCAGCCUUUAGGCCCCGCAGAUCUGGAGCCUGAUGACAACACAUCAUUCUACAUCCUAAAUAUGGGCCAGCCCCAGUCUAUGGUCACGAACCACCAGUCUAUUGGCCUGCCUCGUCAUGGCAUGCACUCCCAUCCUCAGGUCAUCAGCACUUCACCACGACUUCCAUCACACAAAACAGGAACUGAUCCCCUAAGCUACGAGGCACAAGGCUCCAAAUAUGGCACCUCACCGCUGCUGCCCUCUGCUCCUGUGGAGGCACCAAAAGCCUUUGAAUGCCCCAGUAUACAGAUCACCUCCAUCUCCCCUAGUUGCCAGCAAGAGCUAGAUGCUAGUGAGGGGGAGCUGACAGCCAAUGGUCCUGAUGGGGAUUACCAUGGCGACAGACCCUUGUCCAGAGACCAUCUAUAUUUGCCACUGGACCACUCAUACAGGGACUCUUCGCUCAGCCCUAGCCCAUGCAGCAGCCUCUCCUCUAGGAGCUGGUUCUCUGAUGCUUCAUCUUGUGAAUCGUUUUCACAUGUCUAUGACGAUGUUGACUCAGAGCUGAAUGAAGCAGCUGCAAGGUUUAGUCUGGGCUCCCCUCUGACUUCUCCAGUUUGUGUGUCACCGCAGGCUGUUGGGGGAGUUCUAGAGGAGCAGUCCCCAUGGCAGCACCAUCAUCCCCCCUUUGUGCAUCACUCUCACUCCACUCUUUCUCCUCGACAGUCCCCCUGCCAUUCACCACGCAAUAGUGUCACUGAUGAAAAUUGGCUUAGUCCACGGUCUCCUUCCAGGCCCUCUUCGCGACCAACCUCACCCUGUGGGAAAAGGCGACACUCCAGUGCUGACAUUUGCUAUCCCGGUUCCCUGUCUCCUCAUCACUCACCUACACCCACGCCAGGACAUUCCCCCAGGGGGAGCGUGACAGAGGACACAUGGGCUGGGAGUCCCACAAUAGGCAUGUCACCUUUUCAGUGCUGCCCAUCUGAGACAGACAUCCCAUCAAAGACAAGGAAGACCUCACAGGAUAGAACAUCGCUGCAGACAGGGAAAGGAGAACUGGCAUUAGAUGACCAGGAAAAUCUGUCUUCUAACCUUGAUUCUCCUCCAGAUGACACGCUGCACAGCAUGAAGAAAGAUGGGCCUGCAGAACAGUUUCUGUCCGUGCCCUCGCACUUCUCAUGGAAUAAACCCAAGCCUGGUCAUACACCUAUUUUCAGGACAACCUCGCUCCCUCCUUUAGACUGGCCGUUACCCAGCCAAUUUGGCCAGUAUGAGCUGAAGAUAGAGGUGCAACCCAAAGCCCACCACCGUGCACACUAUGAGACUGAAGGCAGCCGAGGAGCUGUCAAAGCAGCUUCGGGUGGACAUCCAAUUGUCAAGCUCACUGGCUACAAUGACAAGCCUGUGAAUCUGCAGAUGUUCAUAGGAACCGCAGACGACCGCUACUUGAGGCCACACGCCUUUUACCAGGUGCAUCGGAUCACCGGGAAAACUGUAGCAACAGCCAGCCAAGAAAUCUUGCUUUGCAGCACCAAAGUUCUUGAAAUCCCUCUGCUUCCUGAAAACAGCAUGUCAGCCAGUAUUGACUGUGCUGGCAUACUGAAGCUGCGGAACUCUGACAUCGAGCUGCGGAAGGGGGAGACGGAUAUAGGACGAAAGAACACACGGGUCCGUGUGGUUUUCCGAGUGCACAUCCCUCAACCCAACGGGAAGGUGUUGUCCCUGCAAGCUGCCUCUAUUCCUGUGGAGUGCUCCCAGCGUUCAGCUCAGGAGCUGCCGCAGGUUGAGAAGUCCAGCCUCACCAGCUGUCUGGUCAGUGGGGGUGAGGAGAUGGUGAUCACUGGUUCCAACUUCUUCCCAGAGUCCAAGGUUAUCUUCGUGGAGAAAGGCCCUGAUGGACGACCACAAUGGGAAGUUGAAGCAAAAAUAAUUCGUGAGAAAACCCAAGGUUCAUGCAUUGUCGUGGAAAUCCCUCCAUACCACAGUAAGACUGUGAGUUCAGCUGUACAGGUGCAGUUUUAUGUCUGCAAUGGAAAACGGAAAAGGAGCCAAUCACAACGCUUCACCUACCUUUCAGUGAUGGUGAAACAGGAGCACAGAGACGAACUGGACCUCACUGCUGUUCCUCCCAUUUCCAUGCCCUUGGCACAUGCUCCCAGUCUGGUGCACCCUCAGCUGCCUUCUCCUGAUCAGGGCCACCCAUCGGAAAACCUUCUGUCCAGCUCUCUUCACAGCCUGGCCACGGGCUCCGGACCUGGCCUGCUACCUCUGCCUGGCCCCUGUUCCUCCUUGAGCUCCCCGCCUUUCCAGCACCUGCCUCACCUCCAGGGUCACAGUUUGCACCACCCCCCUGCAGACUGCCACAUGACGUUCCACCAGGGCUCUGCUCCCGCUCCUCCCCGGCCCACCUACCAGCCUUUGCAGCACAGUCCGAGUCACAACCUGUCCUUCAACGGCCAGCCCAGCCUUCCUUCUCAGAGCUACGAGAGGAUGCCCUUUCAGCAGAGCCCCACUGCGGCGUCACACCCAAUAGGCCUGGGAAUAGUUUACUCAUCCAGUUGCUCCUCACCGUCUGCCCUUUCAUCCUCACCCACCAAUCCCAUUGUUGGAUCCCCUCAGAACCAUCAACCUAUGCUGUCCCCCUCAUCCCCACACUUCCACACACUCGGAAGCUUCCACUGCUCUCCGAAUCCUAGCCAGGUUCCCUCUCAGGGAGGCCACCCCCUAAGUGGGCAGCACUCCUCGCAGCUGCAGAGAGGUCUUGGAUACCACCCAGUAAGUCAAAGGUCAGCUUCUUGUCCUACACCGUCCACUGCCCCCCCACAACGGAUGAUCCCCUCUCCUCAUUCUGGACCUUCUUCUCCACAAGUCCACCCUUUGCCCUAUCAGUCUCCCUCUUCCUCCUCCCCCACCUCAGCUGGGAGUCCUCUGGGGCCCCUACAGCAGCAUUCAGGACAGCCGUCUCCACAGGCCGCGAGUCCAGUCAUGACCAGCAUGUCCCCUGCAGCUGUGGGGCCACUGGUUCAUCCACUAAGUCCUCAGGGGCCAUUUCCCUCUGAAGGGGAGAGGCUGAAUAUUAAGGAAGAACCGGAGGAGAGGGAGCCCACCUUCCGCUCCAUCGGCCUACAGGAUAUCACUCUGGAUGACGUAAAUGAGAUCAUCGGCAGAGACAUGUCCCAGUCCCCCAGCGCUCACGGCCCGCAGUCGGUGCACAACCAUUCGUAGCUCAGAUCUUUGCCUGAACAGUCAGUCUUUUUUCUUUUUUUUUGUCUUCUUUUUUUUGUGACUCAUUCAGCAUCACCUCCAGCUGUUGAACCCUGCAAACGCUGACUUGGUGGAAGAAGACUGAAGACUGUGGUGAAAGGCAAAGCUGCUUUUUCUGUUUUCAACCAUGAGAUCUCUGAUAUAGAUGGAAAAACACAACUUCACACAGAUGUAGAGCAGAGCCAUGCUCAGGACAGAGCAGACACGCAGAGCUGGAGCAGUUGUUUUUUUUUCUUGUUUUUUUUUUUUUUUUGCUUUUCACAGUUGUGUGUAGGCUUAUGUUUGAACAUCUGUCCAUUCAUAGCUCUGCUAUCUUCCUGAUGGUCCGCUUGAAGUUUUCAACCCUCUUCUCACCAGCAUCAACUUGUGAAUUAAAGAUGCAGCUCACAGCUGUGUUGCAGGGAUCCAGGGCUGUGCAUCCCACUUCUUCAAAAGAUUUAUUUAUUUAUUUUUUUUUUUAUCUGAGCAAAAGUGGACACUUGCUAACAUCGAUUAAAGACGGAAAGAAAUUUGAGAUUUGAUUUGCCAUACAAUUAAUUCAAAUCAAACCUUCCAGUAGUAUUAAGAAAAAGAAGUUUCCCCCUAAAAGACAAAUGUGGUCAUGGUGUUUGGAGUUCAGCAGCUUGUUUUCCUUCUGCAAAAUGCAACAUUCCACAGACUUGCAGCUGUGUAGGUAUCUGUACAGUAAUGAACCACAUUUCUUCCGUUAGAGCUCUGUUUUUCCUUUGCUUCUUUGAACAAAUGCCUUAUUAAAUGUUUAGCAAAUCUGAACUGUAGCACAAGCUUUCCUUGUUUUCUCACCAGACUUUAAGACUGAAGAGAGCUUGUUUUUAGAAACGGAUGUGCUUCUUUUGGAUUUAUGAUUUCACAGCAAGAUUAUUUAGUGUUUUUAUUUUUUAUUUUUUGACAAUUCAUAGAGGGUUUCUAGUUGGUCCUCAGAAAUGGAGCUCUCUGCCACUAAAACUAUUCUCCUCUCAAAUGUGCCUUUUGAUUUCCUAGCGCACCAUGCUUUCAAAUGACAGCUGACUCAGGCUUCGAUGGAAAAUGUUCUGACGAAAAUUGUGAAAAUAUUUUAUAUAUAAAGUGGUCUGUAUGUUGUAUUUAUGUAAUGUCCUCAUUUGUAAAGAACAAUGUAAAAUCCUAGAAUCCAGACAGCAAAAUCUGGACAUUUUGGGGUCUUCCAAACCUUUUCUGCUUGCAACAAUCGAUGUCUGCUGUCUACAAUCAGAGUUCUCUUAAAUUGUUUCCAGAAUGCUCAAUGAUUUGUUCCUGCAUUUUUAUUUUUAUUUUUUUUUUCCCCCACCGGCUCGCGCAAAUGUGCAGUGGCUUCACUGCAGCAAUAAGUCAUCCUCCAGGGAUGAGCAGACUGACUGAUCCAGAUGCUGGUUUGAUGAUUUCCACUGACUUUUAUUUUUUUUUUUUGCCUUAAGAUUAAUGGUGGUUUGAAGUCAGUUUCCAGGUGAAAAUGAUUCUGCUAUGCAUUGAUAUUCUGCUUAAUGCCUUUAAAAAGAAAAAAGGACAAAAAAUUUUUUACCUUGAUGCCUCUAGAAGUAGAUUGUAGACUUCGGUAGACUCAGAUGCUUGAAUGGAGGACACAGCAUAAAGCAUCUUAAUUCAGUUGUGUUUGAGGAUGGAUGGUAGCUGCUUGAACCAAAUUUCUUGUGUAUAUGACGACUUUUCAACAACAAAAGCACACACGUUUAGGCUAUGCACACUAUAACAGCAGCAAAUGUGAGGUAAAGGUCUUGUAAAGAAUGCUUUUGGACUUCACAUAGAAGAACAUAAACUCUCAGAAGAGAAUAUCAUCUUGUCACGUGAACUAUGUAGGAUGCCUUAACUCCUGUUUGUGAACCAGUUGGUCUGAGUUUUUCCCCCCCCCUUUUCUUCUCCAAAAUGACUGAGACUGAUCAAUAACGGUUUUCAAUGUUGUACAUUUCAGGUUCACAGGGUCAACCAAACGGGUUGGGUGGGAGAACAGAGAGAAAUGUUUGCAUUAAAGUCAAUUUUGCAGCUUGAGAGACCGGAGUCCACAACGCAAACAAACAAAACGAAACAAAACCAGCAUUGACAAUAAACUCUGAACUCCGGCUGCUGUCCUUUUCUGCCACAACCAAAGAUCGAACAAUUUGUUCCUACUUUAGAUAAGGCUGCAAAGACUGUACAACUCUAUUUUUGAUACUUUCAAAUGGAUAUGGAUGUCAUUCCUAAGAGGUUAAGGACAUUAACAGGUGUCUGUUGAGACUAUAUAUAUAUACAUAUAUAGAAAUAUGUGACAUAUUUCUAUAUAUGUAUAUAUAUAUAAAACUUUGUAAAAUAAAAGGGAAAUACAGGUUUUAGUUGAUGUUUACCAAGCCUUGUAUUGUCAUUUCUUGUAUAUUUUGUAUGUUAAAUGUUUUGUAAUUUUUAAGACUGCAGUGCUUUUUUUUUUUUUUUUCUGAGAUUAUUCAAAGGGAAUGAUACCUUGCAUCAUACUGUAGGCUCUAACGUAGUGUAUCUCAAUAAAACUGAAAACUCACUCAUGGCUUCGCAUUACUGUUUUCCUGAAAGCAGAUUUUCUUUCAUCCUUUCUUGUUUUUAGCACAAUUUCUUCUUUCUGAUUUUGUAGAUUUAGAAUUACUUGUGUAAUUUUUUUAUUUUAGUCUUUAAAAUACCAAAAUUUGCAUAUAACUAUUUUUAUCAUUUUUCAACAUUAAAUUGAAUUUUAUGAUCAGUUAUUUAGUACAUAGGUCACUUUUUUACCAAAUACCUUUUUUACUCUAGUAAUUUCUUCAUUGGCUGCUUAUUGGCUUGAGUAAAAAUGUUUAUUCUUUUGGGUUCUCUACCCGCCUCUGCUAAAAAGCAACUAAUGCAAAUCUGAUUCAUGUUUUAAUUCUUGCUCGACAGAAAAAUAUUGCUUGAACAAAAUUUCUAGAUUUACUGACACUGAAAAUUACUUUCUCAGAAAAUUGGAAAGGUUUAUAAUACAGAAACAUUUUAUCAUCAUGGGAAAUACUGUUCACUUGGCAGUUAUCCAGCAGUCAUUUUGACAUGUUCUUCAAGUAGUCUGAAAAUGUCAUUGCUGGUUGUUCAGAGUGCUUAAUCCUAGUGAACUAAUGUAGAGUUAAGUGGAGGGAGAAAAUGUGGGUAUAACUGCACAAAUGACAAAUACAGUUAGAAAAGAAAGAAACAAGCUAACAUACACAAUGAGGACAUAACUUUCACAUUCCUUGUCCUAAAUUAUUCCUGAGCCAGAUUCUUCCAGGUAAAAAUGAAAAGCACCUUACCUGGAUAAAAAAAAAAGGCUUUUUUUUUUUUUUUUUUUUAAUAUUAAAUCUAAUUUUGGAAAUCAAGGUCCCAGAAUGAAAGUUGCGCUCACUGUUUUCUCAAACCCAAACUCGGCACCUGGACAG